AUGGUAUUGGAUAAUGAGGAAGAUAAUUUAGCAUUUGCUUUACUUCACAUAAAUGAAGUAAAAAAGUUGUUAAUUAAAGAAGAUCAGCCUUUUAAAAAGUCAGAUUCAAAUGUUUUUGCAAAAGAAUUUUACAAAUUAAAUGAUCAAAAUUUAAUUAGUGUAAAGGCACGAAUGCGAAAAUUCUUGGGAAAUGAGAACAUGUUUAUGUAUUUGGAAAUGAUUUUUCCUGUUCAAAUGAGGAUUGGUGAGAGAAAAAUUUAAAGUUAAUUAAACUUUCUUUAGGGGUUUAGAGAAGAAAAUAUCCCAUCCGAAUUUAAAUGAUACUCCAAAAUUGGAACUAAAGUGUGAGAUGAUGAUUCGAAGGGGGAGGGGGGGGACAAGUGUAAUAGGGUUUUACAUAGGGUGAUAGUGUCUCACAGAGGGGGAGGGAGUGAUAGGGUCUCACAGAGGAAGAAAGAGUGAUAGUGUCUCACAGAGGGGGUUUAUUAACUACCCUUAGUAAUUAUUGUUUAGGCCUUCCGUUGGAAGGAGUACUUAAUCAAGG